GAAGGCCAAGGGUACGUGUACGGCGAUGUGUGUUUUGAUGAUAUGGCAUAAAUUAAGCCUAACCCAGUAAAUGUCACACCACUGACGCACAAAACAAGAACUAGAGAAGAAGCACAAGUAGCAACUGCCCUUUAAAUUGCUUGCAAUGGCGAUGGAACUAGACGAGGCACUAGUUUUCCUGGGCGAUUUCGGUCGCUACCAGACCCUGAUCUACGUCUUGAUUUGCCUCGCCGGUCAGGUACCGUCGGCAUGGCACAUGCUGGCCAUAUCCUUCCUGGGGGCCGUACCGGGUCACCGCUGCAAGGUGCCGGCGGGCCAGAGCCUCGAGGAGACGGUACCGACGGUCGUCGGCAAAGACGGUGGUGAAGAGUUUGCGGAGUGUCUGAAGUACCUGAACAGAUCUGCGUAUAAUGAGACGAUCCCGUGCGAUGAUGGAUGGGAUUACGAUAGCACCUAUUACGGGAAGACGAUUGCUACCGAGUGGGACCUUGUAUGUGAGAGGGAUGCUUCGGUUGAGCUGAGUCAAAUCAUCUUCAUGCUGGGUGUCAUGGUCGGAUCGUUGCUCUUCGGCCAGCUCUCGGAUCGCUUCGGCCGUCGCUACGUCUUCUUCUUCUCCCUCUGGGCACAGGUGGCUUUCGGUGUGGGCGCGGCGUUCACUGGCAACCUGUACGCAUUCAUGGCGGUACGGUUUGCGGUGGGCGUCAUCGAACAGGGCGUGGACAUAACCUCCUACGUCAUGGUAACCGAGAUGUUCUCGCCGUCUAGGCGUGCCUUCGCUGGUAUCCUGCUGACCCUGUUCUGGUCCAGUGGUAUCAUGUCCCUGGCUGGUUUAGCGUACUUACUGCGUGACUGGCGCCACCUACAGCUCACCAUCACAUUACCGAGCUUGCUUACCAUUCCUUUAUGGUGGGUGAUUCCGGAGUCGAUGCGAUGGCUGAUGUCACGAGGUCGCGUACGGGAGGCCGAGGCCAUCCUACGGCGCAUCGCGCGGUUCAACAAGGUGGAUCUACCGGACGGUGUGCUGACAGAAGACGGCGGGUCGACCCCUCCCCCGGAGUAUGCAGAAUUGGAGCGUAAAGAAAAAUCUCUGAUGCCCAACGAUUCCUCGUCUUCCGCCGACACUCAAGGUCAUAGCGUGAUGGAGGCCAAGAAUCAAGCCGGUCUGGAAAUCGCGGAUGUCGCGGUCAAGGCGUCGGGGGAAGGAUGCGACGCCAUCGACGCUGUCCAAACUGGUGGGGAGGACGGUGGUCCUAAGGGGGAAGACAGCACUAGGCCGGCUGGGGAGGGGAAAGACAGGGUGUACACUCUCUGGCAUCUUUUCAGGACACCCAAGAUCAGGCGAAUAUCCCUGGUUAUGAUAUUUACUUGGUUUGUCAAUAGUCUGGUGUACUACGGUCUGUCACUGAACACGGAUUCGUUAGCCGGCAAUCCUUACCUAAACUUCUUCCUCAGCGGUGCGGUCGAGAUCCCAGCUUACAUAGUUUCCUCUGCAGUCGUCACCUGGUUUGGCCGUCGGCUGCCCCUCUGCAUCUUUCAUGUCGCAGGGGGAAUCGCGUGCAUCGUGACCGCCUUCAUCCCUCCAACUACAGCGGACGGCACUGAUCUGUCAGCUCUUAUUGUGACCACGGCCAUGUUGGGCAAGUUUGGCAUUGCUGGCUCGUACGCUAUCGUGUUUCUCUAUGCUACAGAACUCUUCCCCACAGUCGCCAGAAAUCUGGGAGUCGGUAUGUCAUCCUUCUCAUCACGUGUUGGUGGUAUCCUGGCUCCAAUCAUCAUGUAUCUCGAGAAAUUCACGGGUUGGAUACCCCUGGUCAUAUUUGGAGGUACGUCCAUCAUUGCGGGACUGAGCGUCUUGGUACUAGACGAGACGCUGGGGAAGAAACAACCACAAACAAUCGAGGAUGUCGAGAGGACACAGACAGGCACCUAGGGGGAAUAUAAAUACACGUGGUUGAUAUUUAAAACAAUAAAACAAAGUGUCUGAUAUCAUAUGACAGAUCGAGACGAGAUGAAACACGUAGUUCGAUACAGAAAAACUCAAUCUUGCACCCCGCUGGAUACAGCUGGGUGUAAGUUUGACUGUUUUUUUAAAAACAAAUUUAACUAGAGUGUUUUCAGAGCAUUCGUGUAUACGAGACGACACCGAGACUAGACGACAUGACACUAGACUUUGAAGCUCAGAAACAUAGGACCAGGCCCGGUAGUGUAAACAGUCGUCGUGUCAGUCGCGCCUCAUUUGUUCAGUCAACAAAGUAUUUGUAAAUUGUGACCUGCAGUACCCGUGUGUAUUAACAUGUUUUGUGGUAUGUACUAAAAUUGCUUCUGCUUUGCUUGUAUUUAAAUCUCUUUCAGAUACAUGGGCGUCACCAGGAUUGUUUUUAGGAGGGGCCAAAGCACAUUUCCCCCCACAAAUCCUUGUACUUUCUCUGGCAUAUUCUCAAUUUAUCAUUUUUUCGAGGGUGUGCAAGGGGACAUUCACCCACCCCACUCCCAUUGACACCCUUGCAGACGUCAAUUUUUUAAAAAUUAAAGUAAUAGCAAAAUGA